GCUGAAGCCCCGCGGCAACGUCACGGGCUGGGCACACAGGUGGGCCGGGGAGGCGGAGCUAAGCUGGGCAGGAAGGCGGGGCUGAAAGUUCCUACUCGGUGGAAGCAGAGAACCAGGAGAAUGGAAUUUUCCUCCCUAUCUAUGGCCCAGCCUGGGAGUUGGCCUCUGAAGAGUGGAAUUCUGGGAUGGCCACUGUGGGACACAAGACAUCAUGCUUGGCUUGCACUUCUGGAGCAGCUGGGAACAGUCUUCAGGCUGUGGAGAAUGUCAGGGUUGCUUGUCUCCGCAGGGGGCCCUGGCAUGAAGCAGCAGAACUGGUGCGGGCUGACCGCGAAGAUGGGCACCGUGCUGUCGGGGGUCUUCUCCAUCAUGGCCACCCACAUGCACCUCAUCUUUGAAAGGAGGCACCUUGGGGACGGCAACUGCACGGACAGCCUCCAGAGCCAGGACAUCAGUGUGGUGAGCCAUUUCAUCAUCUGCUGGAGCUUCAAGAUCGUCCUCUGCGCGUCCCUCAUCACCAUGGCGGUCAGCUGCUUCCUCCUGUACUCCGUGUACGCCCAGAUUUACGGGGGUCUCAUGGUCUACACUAUCUGGAUCUUCACCUAUGAGUCCACCAACCUGGCCAUUCAGAUCUUCACCGAUGAUUUCAGCGUGGCGCUGGUCAGAGCCAUGCGCUGGUUCGGCUGGGUGUCCCGUGCGUCCCUACACAGCUUCUGUCUCUACUUUGUCGUUAGCCAUGCCCAAAUCAUCUACCAGAGCAAAAAGCAGGGCAACAUACUCACUUACCAUAGGCGUCUCUCUCUGGGAAUCGGAGACACUCCACGGCAGAAAUCAAAGAUUAUCAGCUUUAUCCACCAGAGCAAUAAUUAAAGGGUGGCCAUCUUCCAACCGUGGAAGUUUUCAGGGUAGUCUUAGUGUUUCCCCCCCUCCCAGUGUCCCCUUUCUUGGUGGGGAGGGAUGCUUUUGCUCUGCUUUAUCUUUAACCUCAACCCCUAGCUAUGUCUCCUGUUAUAGUCCAAAUAAGUACAAAAAUAAAGUGAGAAAAAAACA